CGAGGAAGUAAAGUUGAUUGUAGGUUGAUUCUCCGUCUUCCACUAGACGCUGUUGUGUUCAUGUGGGAUACUUGUAUUAGAACCUUCUUUAAAAACCUUGUUUAGACUAAAGUGGAAAACAGUUUGGGAUUAAAGUGAAGCUGGUGAGUAAGUUCAUGUGGAUCAAAGUUUGAAACUGGGAAGACUCAGAGUUAGGGACUGACUCGACUUCUCAGACUGCUGAAAGUGAGAGCAAAGAUCAAACAGCCUUUGGAAAGGACAGUGUAGUGUAAAGACAAAAUGGCUUCUAAACUUGAAGAGGAUCUCUGCUGUCCUGUGUGCUGUGACGUCUUCAAGGAUCCUGUGUUUUUGCCCUGUGCUCACAGUGUGUGUAAAGCCUGUCUGCAGCAGUUCUGGGACACCAAAGGAUCCAGAGAGUGUCCUUACUGCAGGAGAAAGUGCUCAAAGGAAUUAUACCCUACUAACAUGGCGUUAAGGAACCUGUGUGAGACCUUCGUACAGGAGAGAAGUCAGAGAGCUUCAGCAGGGUCUGAGGUGCUCUGCAGUCUGCACAGUGAGAAACUCAAGCUCUUCUGUCUGGAGGACAAUCAGCCUGUGUGUUUUGUGUGUCAGACCUCAAAGAAACAUAAAAAUCACAGCUUCAGUCCCGUAGAUGAAGCAGCACUGGACUGUAAGGAGGAGCUCAAGGUCAAACUGCAGCCCUUAGAGGAGAAACUGAAGACCUUUGAGGAGGCUAAACGCACCUGUGACCAAACAGCAGCUAAUAUUAAGGAGGAGCUCAAGGCCAAACUGCAGUCCUUACAGGAGAAACUGAAGACCAUUGAGGAGGCUACACUCACCUGUGACCAAACAGCAGCUCAUAUUAAGGCUUUAGUCAUGUUGUUCUAUUUAGACUCAGGCCCAACACACAGAGAGGCAGAUCAAGGAGGAGUUUGAGGAGCUUCACCACUUUCUACGAGAUGAAGAGGCAGCCAUGAUAGCUGAACUGAGGGAAG